GGGAAAGAGGUACAAAAAGAUCGGCCCGUGUUUUAAGUAAAGCCAGAUGCGGGGCAGUUGCCGGUAGAAACAAACGUGCGUGACAGACAUGAUUUCCACGCUUACAGCCACGCGGAGUUUCGAGAGGGCCCCGGGCCUCUUCCUGUGGGCCCUGGGCGCCGUGGCCUGGGUGCUCGCCGCGGCGCUCGUCGUACGCGUGACGCGCGGAGUGGUCGAGUGGCUACGCAUGUGGUGGAUGCUGCGCGAUGUGCCCAAGCCGAAGCCUCAGAAGUCGUUCACGCUGCUUCUCGACCUGUACAAACAGUUGUCGGCCAUGGACCCCAGUAUGGACACGAAAGUCAAGGCAUUCAAGUACCUGGCGAACCUGUUCAAAUCGGUUGAAGAUCAAGACGUGACAGUUGCCUUCUACGGCCCGUACGCCUUUCUUCUCGGUGCCACUCCACAGGUCGUUGAGGCUAUCUUGGGCGACACGAAGAACGUGAACAAGGCCUUCUUCUACAACAUGAUGAAGCCAUGGAUUGGUGGAGGUAUCCUGACGCUGGGUGACGAACCAUGGAAAACGCGUCGGAGGGCAAUAACACCUGCCUUUCACUUUCGCAUUCUCGACGAUUACAUUCCCAUCAUGAACAAACGAGGCGAGAGGCUCAUGCAGAAGGUGACCACGAUGAACGGGGAGUACUUCGAUGUCCUCCCUAUCGUUCGUGCAGCUGCCUUCGGAGUGCUCUUCGAAACAUCAAUGGGUAUCGACUACGAUGAGAAUGACAUCCAACGUACGGGAUAUCUCAGAAUUCAUGACGCAAUCUCGGACACCGUGGUGGAUCGCGUCAUUAACUUCCACCACUGGUUCGAUACCAUCUACGCAUUCAGCAAAGAGCGCAAACGAAUGCUACAAUACGUGGAGGAGGCCAAGGAGUUUGUCAAUAAUAUCUUGCAGAAGAGAAUCGCCGAUUACCGGAAAGGCAUCAGAGAUCCCGUUUCAAAGAACUCAUUUCUCGAAAUUCUUCUCCGGAUGUACCUCGACGAGGGAAUAUUGAGUGAACUUGACGUUCGAGACGAGCUGCUCUCUACUCUCAUUGGGGGCUUCGACACGACAGCGACAAGCCUCGCUUACACGCUCUACCUCCUCGGUCAUCAUCCAGAAAUCCAGGCUAAGGUUCAGGAAGAGAUCGACAUUGUCUGCGGAAACGACUGGGACAAGCCCCUUACCGCGGAAGAGCUGAAGAACCUCACCUACAUGGAGUGUGUGCUCAAGGAGGCUAUGAGGCUUUAUCCACCAGGGUCUGUCAUAGGCCGCACCGUCGUAAGGGACAUCAAAAUAGGAAAGUACACCAUUCCACGAGGAACCGUGGCAGUCGUGGCCCUAUACUUUCUUCAGAGACAUCCGAGGUACGUGAAGGACCCGAACAGCUUCAAACCCGAGAGGUUCAUGGAAUCGAAAAGUAUGCACAACUUCGGGUUCGCCCCCUUCUCCGCGGGACCCCGAAACUGUCUCGGCCAAAAAUUUGCGCUGAGGGAAGAAAAAAUCCUGCUGACGCACGUUAUACGUCGCUUCAAUGUCAGCUCGAAAGUGCCCAUCGACAAGCUCGAACUGGCCAUGGAGCUCAUUCUGAAGCCCAUCCAAGGCCUCGAAAUCAAAUUAACGCCCAGAGAGCACCCUUCGUCGAAGUGAUACUGGUGAAGCAUCACACACUAGGCUGUGCCAUAGUAUACAUUUGUACAGUAUUUAUCAUCAUCAUCCGUCAUUGAAUUCUUACAUAUGUAUUUAGUUCCUGCCAAAUAAACUCCUUUCCCGAUACA